AUGGAAGACCCUGAAGACCCCGAAAAGCGUCAGAUUACGGUGCUGGCUCAAAACGCGGUCAUCGCUUUGGAAAAGUGCCUCCAAGUCUCGGGAUCUUUCUCCCACUUGGCUGAAGCUCAGCUCGCACGCUUUAACCUGUGGGCUACCAAUAUAGGUGUUUUCGCCAAGUAUAAAGCAUCCUUGGAGUAUCGUCUGAGGGACAGCCCAGACGUUCAGAGAAUCAUCACCAACCUGCUCGAGAUUUUGGCUCUAUAUGCCGGCCAGGCUCUUCGCACCGAGUUGGAAGUAUCUAGCCCCAACAUUGAUGAAGCAAGUCGCUCAGAGGUAUCGAAUCAGUGUGAGACCACAGCUCCGGGACGCGACAUCAGUAACACAACGCCUUGCUAUGCAGGCUUUCAGAUCCAACCUCUGAAAAACUUGUCCAUCGUGCCGGCAUAUCAAGCCGUGGAGGACACCAUCACUCGUCUUCACCACCUUUCAACUGCGAUACGUAAUGCUGGAGUUAGAAAUCCUUAUUCUCGCAUCACUCGUUUGAUUAUCCUUGACGAAGAUGGCAAUGAUAUCAACCAAGCCUUUGAAUCCUUCAUAUCCCAGGUGCUGAAGCUCCGACACUCUCGCUUGUCGGAAGCCUUGCGAUCUCGGCUUGCGGAUGCUAUUUGCUUUCGACGACGUCGGUUUCUGUACAACAAGCCGUCGCCAAAGAAGUAUCAAGGUGGCUUCGUCGCCCCGGUUCUGCCAAAUGGCCGGGGGGCCCACCAUAUACCGACCCCACCAGCCAGCCGGAAGCGACCCUCAAUACCAGAUGCUCCGCUUCCUUCGCCAGCACGAGCCCCUACGACUCGAACGGCGUCUACCUUCUAUCCUCAACGGUUUCAGUACCCACGCUCAUCCGAACCGUCUGUGGUGUCUACAGCAACACCGAGUUCUCACAUUCCGCGAAUGAACGAACACAUUCCCAAGCCCCCAUCAGUCGCUUCCGGACAGAAAGAGGCGCAAUGCCCAUACUGUCCUUUUGUCAUCAACAUCAAGUAUCUGACUGGCACUCGAUGGAUAAAGCACUUUCAGGAUGACCUGGAGCCGUACAUCUGUCUCUUCGAAGACUGUACGAGCCCUCGUGAGCUGUUCUCUUCCGCUGAGCAAUGGCUGGCGCACAUGAAAGCCCAUCCAGCACCAUCGACGGAAUGGAUCUGCUCAAUGCGCCAUGCAUCGUCAGAUCGGACAGUAACGAAGAGUGCCGAGGAGUUUGCAAAUCAUGUUAGAGACAUGCAUUCUGGACGGUUUACCGAUAUGCAACUCAAGAAGCUUCAGAUCCGAGCCGCACGACCUGGUCCCAUGUUUCCCAGUUGUCCAUUUUGUGACUGGUUGGAGCAUCCGGAUCCCGAAAAGCCAAAAGUCUCUGGUGGACCUACACCUAUCGAGGAACACGUUGCUGACCACCUGUUUGACUUGGCACUUUUGUCGCUUCCGCCGAUACGGAAUAACGAGAACAGCGACGAAGAAGUAAGGGACAGUCUGGCGAAUAUAUCGAUCGUUAGUGGCAGCCGCCACAGUGCGCUGUCGCAGAAUUUAUCAGGCCUUGAAUUUAGCAGCUACCGGAGCCCCUCACCCGCCAAUGAAGCUAUGUAUAUUCCCAGUGUUGAUGCUCUCAGCGAUCAACCUGAUUCGCCUCCUCCCCGGAAUAGUUCUCCGUCUUUGAUGUCCGCUCCCAAAAUCCCCAAGGACUAUUACGCCGUCUUCAAUGACCAUUUCCAAAUCGAGCCCCUACGAAGAGAGAAUUCGAUGGAAGAAUUGCCGGGGCAGGAGUCGGAAAUGAUCAAAUGCAUCUGCGGCCUCAGCCACGAUGACGGUCAGACGAUUUACUGCGAAAAAUGCUAUACAUGGCAACACAUCGUGUGCUACUACGGCGAUAGUCAAUUCCCCGACGAGCAUAUGUGCGGAGACUGCCAGCCCCGUCCUCUCAAUGCCCAGCACGCACGAGCUCUGCAAGAAGCUCAACUCGAGGCGGCAUCAACAGCAACCCGGCGUGAAGAAAAGGAGAAUCGAAAGGCACGAAAGCGCCGCAGGGGAAAAGACCGGGAUCUUGGUGAAACAGGCAGCGACUCUAGGGCUGCUUCAAGCCCUCUCCCCCGACGCAACGAGCCUGGCGCCGAAGCGGAUCUAUUUCCAAACGAGAGCGCACCGAUCCGAAAGCGCAGACGUCAGGUCCCCUCAGCUCCUAUUUUGAUGUCUACAGACAUCUUAGAGAAGGAGCCCCCAAGCAAGAAGCCUCCCCGUAGCGAGCAUCAAGAGCUAUGA